AUGGUGACAAGAACGGUAGAUCUCCGAUCUGACACAGUGACUAAACCAACUGAAGCCAUGCGGACUGCAAUGGCAAAUGCUGAAGUUGAUGAUGAUGUUUUAAGUCAUGACCCAACUGCCCGUCGCCUUGAAACAGAGAUGGCAAGAAUCACAGGCAAGGAAGCAGCCCUCUUUGUCCCUUCAGGCACAAUGGGUAACCUUAUUUGUGUGCUUACACAUUGUCCAAUUAGGGGAAGUGAGGUAAUUCUAGGUGACAGUUGCCAUAUCCACAUUUAUGAAAAUGGAGGUAUUUCCACAAUUGGAGGUGUUCAUCCAAGAACAGUGAAGAAUAAUGAAGACGGAACAAUGGAUAUCAAUCAAAUGGAAGCUGCAAUUAGAGAUCCUAGAUUUGAGAUAUGUUACCCAACAACUAGGCUCAUCUGUUUGGAAAACUCACAUGCUCAGUAA